CCAGUGGUCCGAGAAAGGUGUGAGAGGAAACACAAGAUGAUUUUGUAGUUUAUUCUUUCUCUCCCUUUGUGUACAUAUCUCUCUUCUGUGGAUAUGGUAUGAUUGGCGGGUAGAGAUACACACACGGUGAGGGACGGAUGAUGGUGCUAGCUGGUGAGGAGUACAACGUCGUUACCUGCCAUCUUCACACGCUGGUGCAUGAGUGAUUUAGAGGAUGGGCCAGAAUAUGUGUUGCCCCAAGAAGGGGCCGCCACCCCCAAAUCACCCUGGGCCGUUUGACCACAUAGAUCCAGGCGAAAGAAUUGAGGUGACGCAAUUUUCACCUGCCAAUGGCAUUUCACGGGAAAAUGCCUAUUCCAGAACCCAGGUUGCCGUUACAACAAGCCAUAUUGAUGAAGGUAAAGCGGAUGGCAACGCCUCCAUGACACCACCACACGGUGGUGGAGGAAACCCUCGCUAUUAUCCAGACCCGUCCAGAGGCGGCAGACCUGCUUAUAACUCUCAACAACAUGGAGUCGAUGUUAUCCGGUCAAAUUCAGGACAAGGAUUGCCAGCCCAUGGUUGGGUUCAGCAGCACCAUGCAAGCCACAUGCGGAUGCGAAAGGAGUCGGUUAGGUGUUCGCAACGAUGGACACCCAGAUCCAACACUCCAGAACCAGUCACACCAUCAACACCAUCGCGAGGCCGGGUCGUGGUGGCCAUGUACUCAUUCCAGGGUCGCAGCAAUGGCGAACUCACCUUUGAGAAGGGAGACAGGAUGGAGAUUCUCAAUGAUGCUGAUGCUGACUGGUGGUUAGCACGACAUAUGACACAUGGCAUUGACGGCUAUAUUCCAAAGAACUAUGUUGCAUCCACAUCUUCGCUUGAGUGCCAAGACUGGUACUUUGGCAAAAUAGCCAGGAAAGAAGCAGAAAAAUUACUAAUGACACGGGGGAACUUAAGAGGCACUUUUCUCAUCCGUAUGUCGGAACAAUCUAGUCAUGGAUAUUCCCUAAGUAUAAGGGAUUGGGACCAACAAAAGGGAGAACAUGUAAAGCACUACAGAAUCAAGGUCACUGACAAUGGAGGCUUCUUCAUCACCUCAUCACAGGCUUUCCGGACACUCAAUGACCUGGUGGAUGCUUACAAAAGAAACAACUAUGGGCUAGCAUGUCUCUUGCAAUACCCAUGUCCACGUCCACAACCCCAGAAAUGGGAUCUGUCACGAGAGACCAAAGAUCAGUGGGAGAUUGACCGUAAUACUCUUUCCAUGAACAAGAAGUUAGGACAAGGUUCCUUUGGUGAAGUGUGGUAUGGUAUGUGGAACAACUCUACAGAAGUUGCCAUCAAGACCCUAAAACAAGGAGCAAUGAGUCCUUCUGCCUUCUUAGAAGAAGCCAGAAUCAUGAAAAAAUUACGGCAUCGUAAUAUUCUUGUACUUUAUGCUGUUUGUACGAAAGAAGAACCUAUACUAAUAGUCACUGAGUAUAUGUGUAAUGGUGCACUGCUAGAUUUGCUCAGGAAUGAGGGAGAGCGCACCCUCAAACUCAAUGACUUAAUAUAUGUGGCAACACAGGUUGCUGCAGGUAUGGCUUACCUAGAGAGCAAACAGUUGUUACAUCGAGACCUUGCUGCCCGUAAUGUAUUAGUAGGUGAAUCUUUGACAUGUAAAGUGGCAGAUUUUGGCUUAGCACGAAUUGUGGAAGGUGAAGACUACUGCCCAAGCACAUGUAAUAAAUUCCCUGUCAAAUGGACAGCACCUGAAGCCAUGCUGUACAACCGCUUUACUAUCAAGUCUGAUGUCUGGUCAUUUGGUAUUCUACUAAUGGAAGUGAUUACCUAUGGUGCUAACCCAUACCCAGGGAUGAGCAAUCGAGAGGUAACUGAAGUAGUCCCGAGCGGGUAUCGCAUGAGUAAGCCAGUCUCCAAGUACUGCCCUGACCAGCUCUAUGAGCUCAUGUGCCAGUGCUGGAAACUGGACCCCAUAGAAAGACCAACCUUUGUUCACUUGCACGACUUCCUCUGGAACUUCGACAUAAGCAUAGAGCGAGCAUAUGAGCCAGCCGCGGCAGCCUUCUAGUGCUUGUGUGAUUAUCUGGGGAGUACUCACUUGCAUGGCUCGAGACUAAAUUUAAGAUAUACUUUUUGAAGGUCAUAUAUUUUUGGAUUAAUUUGAUCAUGAUUGGGGGAAGGGGAGUAACUGAGCUGUAAUCCUGUUCACUGCAAAGGGCAUUUUAUAGCAUUUUGUUCAGAGACAUUAGUAAGUGUUCCUUCAACAGAAAUGCAAAUGUUUGAGAGUAUGUUAAUACAAAAUGCCUUAUAAUGCCUUCUUUUUAUAAUUGUAGACUCAAAGUUAAAUACAGUUUUGCGUGGAAAAUUAAUUCUUUGCGAAGCAUUCCAUGUUAGUUUAAGAAUCAAACUGUAUAGUUUGUUUAUUGUAAUAUAAAGUCAGUUCUUUAUUUAUGCAAAAAAACAAAAACAAAAAAGAUUAAUAUUAAAGCAGCAGGUCUGUCAUAUUUGAACAGUCUUGUUAUGUGUCAGGUAAAUGGCUUUAUGCCUCUUAAAUCUUCAAAACUAAAGUGUAUAUAUUUUUCUUGAUUUUUUUAAUGUAAUAUUGAAUUCAUGCCAAUUUGUGUUGAUAAGGAAAAUGGGUGUUUAUUUGCACAGUGUGUGGGAUCAAUGAUGCUAUAAAGCAUUACUUACAGGUCAACAUUCCCUAAAACCCCCUAGGGUAGAUAGAAAGUAACAAUGUAGGCAGUAUAUUUCGUGAAAUGUGAACAAACUAUGGUGCAUAUUGUUGUUAUAGGGAUGAUUCUAUUGACAUAUGUUCUAUUUAAUACUAUACAGUAUAUAUAUUUUUUUCCGUAAAGUUCACUGUUUGCUGCUCGUUGGAAAGAAUUUCAUAUCAUUAAAUCAUGGUUAAGUGAGUACUCCCUGUGAUUGUAACAUCAGGUGAAUAAAGAGGGGAAGGUGUCUGGCUACAAGCAUUGUUCAAAUAGGUUGUUAAUUCACCCAGGAAAAGUUUAGAUUAAUGUAAUCUUUUUAUAUGGGAUUUAUUUUUUAAAAAUGUGUAACAAAAAUACUUAAACAGUAAGCCAUAAACUGUGUAAGAUUGGUUUAGCAGAUCAUCCCAAUGGCUAUGUAUAUAAGGGCUGAUGAUUUUCAGGUAGAGGUCAGAUGCUGUUGUUAGGUCAAAAUAUAAAAUGUAUAAAACAACAAACAAUUUUGGUUAGAGAAAUUAUUGAUAUACACACCUUAUUCCUUUUUAUUUUUAUUUUAUUACAUUUGCUGUAAUUUGUGAACACAAUGAAGACAUUUGCAGUUUACUGUAUGUAACUUGCAUUAUGGACAUGCCGUCUGAGGGAACAGAUCAGAUUCAUGUCAGAUAUGGAACUUUGUGGUUAUCAUGAAGACCAUUUUUCUUGUAAAUCAUUGAACGAGGAAUGUAGAAAGUAACUCACUAUUGAAAAUGUACAUAGAACACAUGAAAGAGUUAAGCUUGGCCUUCAUUUAUUAUAAAGGACAUAGAAGAACAUACUAUCUUCAUAUUACCUGAAUUGGUAUUUUAAUGAUGAGAUGCAUUGAAUUGAAAAGCACCGAAGGGUUUACUAUUUAUUCACUGAUUGCUGUAUUAAUUCAUGUUACCUUUUCUCAAGUAAAGGAGAACUUGUUAGGGGUCCAAUGAAUGCACAUGUAUGUAAAGGUCUGCAUAUAUGUUUAUGUGCAUGUACCGGUAUGUAUAAAUGUAUAUAUAUUUAUAAGUAUAUGCACAUUUGUAUAUAUGAUUGUAGUGUGUGUGUGUGUGUGUGUGUGUGUGUGUG